AUGAUUUUGGAGGGGGGAGGGGUGGGGAUAUCUUUAUCUUUGGGGAAAGGUUGUGUUAAUGGUCUCCCUAAAACAACAGAUGGGUGUAGUUAUUCUGGACAGACCGAGUCUAUUCAUUGUUAUUGUCAAGGAGAAUUAUGCAAUGAAAGAAUUAAAUUAAAUAAUUAUUUACCUGCAAAAUUACCUUUAAUUGAAUGUUGUGAAUGCGGAGGGGGAGAACAACAAGAUCAAUGUCCAAAUACAGACAAUACUUUACUUUCUUCUGAGGUUAAAUCAUCCUCUGGUGUAUGUUCACGUGUUUGUAGAGGAAAUUAUUGUCUUGUAGAUUUUGGAGGAAAUGAACAAGGAUGUGGACAGGGGGUUCCACGGCUGCAAAAUUUUCUCAGAAUAUCUGAUUAUUUAAAUAAAUUACAAGGACAAUUAGUUUGUGCGUACUAUCAGGCAUCAACUGAAACAAUUGUUAAUGGCUGUGUAUGUACAGAACCCAGUGGGAACUGUAAUCAACGAAACCGAACAUGGAAUCAUCAAAUGGAAAAAGUUUUGGGUCGUCGAACGGAUGAUCUAAAUUAUUGUUAUAGUUUACAUGGACGUAGUGAUGAUGAACCAAUAAAUGAAAAUAUUUAUAAAAAGUCAGAAACUUGUGAAGGACAUUUUUGUUUUGUUAGUUUAUCUACUAGAGAAAUGGCUGUAGAACCUGAGAUUUUAAAUGAUGAAAGUUCUUCGACUACGAGUAUUAGCACUAAUUCUUUUGUUGGUGUGUCUAAACAACGAUUUGAAUUGUUGGGAGGGUGUUUAAAAGUUGAUGAUGAUAAUAAAGUUGGUAUUGGAUGCACCAUUGAAUACCUAAAUAAUUCUUCUACACCUUUAUCUGUUCAUUGUAUUUGCAAUUCCCAUUUGUGUAAUUAUUUUGAAAUUUUGGAUAAAGCAACAAAUGGAAAAUUAAAAAUUCAAAAAAUUCAAUCCUCUUCCGACACAAAUUUAAAAGACACCUCAUUUAAUGAUUUACAAUUAGAAAUUAAUUCAAAUAAAAAAAGAAAUAUUUUUAAUUUAAUUUUAAUAUUAAAAUUUUUAAUUAUUUUUUAUAUAUUUUCGGAUAUUUUAUUUUAA